AUCAAAUCAAACCCUAAUCUUGAAAUUAAAAGAAUUAGAUAUGCAGAGGUCACAACUUGCCUACAUGAAGCAGUCCCUCUUUGAUCAGGGGUAUUUGGACGAGCAAUUUGUGCAAUUGGAAGAGCUUCAAGAUGACACAAACCCUAAUUUUGUGGAAGAAGUUGUUACAUUGUACUACCAGGACUCCGCCCGACUUAUCGGCAUCAUUGAGCAAGCUUUGGAGAAGAAUCCUUUGGACUUUGCUAAGCUGGACAGCCACAUGCAGCAGUUCAAGGGCAGUACUUCAAGCAUUGGAGCUAAAAGGGUGAAAGAAGAAUGCACUCACUUCAGACAACACUGUGAAGCUGCAAAUGCUCAAGGAUGCAGAAGAACUUUCCAUAAACUGAAGAAACAAUACACUACUCUCAAAAACAAGCUGCAAGUUUAUUUUCAGAUUGCAAGACAAGUUGGACCUGUUUAUUCUGCUUCUCGUCGAUGAAACACUUCGAUCAACUCAUGCUAUCGAAGUGUCUAUGAUUUCUUGAGAUUUUUGUUAUUAAUCUUUUUUUUUUAUAUAUAAAAAAAAUUGAUGAGUAUUGUUAUGAGU